GAAAUCGAUCGUCCGUAUCCUUGUUGGAAGUGGGGGGCGGAAGUCCACAAUGCUUGGCCUGGAUGCAAUUUACACCGCUUUGAAUUUUGUUCCGCCACCAGGUGGCUUCCAGUCCGGGCCCGAAGGGUACAGAGGCACUGGCAUCUCAGGUAAUCCGACAAAGUUCAAGGCCGGCUACAAGUGGACCGAGUGCACUUUGUGCAAAUGCAGGUUCAAAUUUAACGCCUCUUUUUAUGGAGACAAAAUGGGCUGCAAUUCGUCAGCGCGACUCCAUUGUUAUUGCACAGCGAAUGCCUGCACCGAACAGAAAAUGGCGGAAUGCGCAAAUGAAGUGGCUGCAAAUCCAUUAGCAUAUGCUUAGGAGAAACGUCACCCAAAUAAAUAUUUAUGUGAAGAUCU